GCCGCCUCGCUCCAAUAGGAAUCCAGAGGCUGCCUGCAAGUGGUCUAAUCGCAAUGAGGUGUCAAUCAUGUUCCCCGGUGGGUGAAGUCAGGUCUUUUGUAACCGCCUCUGUCUUUGGGAAGAGAGAGAGAAGCUAGAGGAGAGAGACGCAGCGAGGGCGCUGAGUUCAGAGCUGCUGCUGCUGCUGCUGCUGCUGUAUGUGCAUGUGCAUGUGCGCGUAUCUGUCCUUCACCGCAUUUUUCCUGCUCUGUUUUUUUUUUUCCUCCCGUGGUCGCUUUCGACGAGGGAGGCGAAGGUCGGAGCACAUGGAUUUCUAAAAAGGAGAAGAAGGGAAGGGACCCUCUUGGAGCUGCUGGAUUUUUGUUGUGGCGGCGGCGGCUGUUGCAAGGGAAGCCACAAACAAGGCGAUGCAGCCCGUCGCUCAAGGCUGAAGCGAGCCUCCAAUGCCAUCGCAUUUGCAGAGCCGGGCAGAGAGAUGGGGAAACUUCACUCCAAACACGCUGCUGUUUGUAAACCUCGAGAAAGCCCAGAAGGUGAUAGUUUCGCUGCGAACGCCUCCCUGGCACGAAAAGGGCUGGAGGACUGGAUGGUGAAGCAGACAUGCUCUGGCAGUGGAAAGAGCAGCGGAGGCAGCAGCUUUGGACUCCAGCAAGGUUGCCAACACCGGGCUCUUUGCAGGCUCUCCGGCUCCAGGGAUCCAGCUGGUGAAGGUUACAGGGAGGCAAUUGAAAACGAACACUUUCAUCUGGAAGUGGCUUUGCCUCCAGAGAAGACAGAUGGAGUUUGCAGUGGUGAUGAAAAGAAAGUGGAAAAGGAAACUGAUACACGUACCAAUGUCAAGAAGCAGCUAAAAUUUGAGGAGUUGCAAUGUGAUGUGUCCGUUGAGGAAGACAACAGGCAAGAAUGGACCUUCACGCUUUAUGACUUCGACAACAAUGGCAGAGUCACGCGUGAGGACAUCACCAGCUUGCUUCAUACCAUCUAUGAAGUAGUCGAUGCUUCAGUAAACCACUCUCCUAGCUCCAGUAAAACUUUGCGGGUGAAACUCACCGUGGCUCCAGAUGGGAGUCAGAAGAAAAAAAGUAUUCUACUGAACCAUGCUGAUCUUCGAAGCUCAAGGCACCGAACGGAGAGCAAAGCCAAUGAAGAACUGAGGAGUUGUGAGAGGAAGCCGAAGGGUUCCCUCAAGUACCACCACAGCGAGGGCAAGCCUGAACAGAAUGGAUGCUAUCGCCAUUGUGUCGACGAAAACAUUGAAAGGAGAAACCACUAUUUGGAUCUUGCUGGAAUAGAGAACUAUACAUCAAAAUUUGGGCCAGGAUCUCCACCAGCAGCUCAAAAACAUGAUCCACCCAUCCGAGUUGCAAACCAAACACGGUCCCGUUCCCAUGAACCAGAAAUCUUCCAUGCUCAUCAGCGCAAAUCAACAGCGGCAGACCCCGGCCACACCAACUUAAUGGAAGCUUCCUAUGCAAAGCUUGCAGAAAUUCAGCAGAGGCUGCGGAGUCAAGACAUGAACAGGCACUUUGUAAAGUCUCCCAAAGCUCAAAGCAAAAACACAGCUCCUGUUAAUUCAGGAAGGGCUGUGAGGAGUAAACCCAUUCAAGGGGCAUUCAUGCCGAUGGCUUCCCCUACUGCACGGGUGGGCCAAAACCUUCCUUAUCUCCCCAUGCAGCCUCAGCCAACUUACAAGAAGCACAAGCAGAGGGUGAAAGAGACUCACCAAGUUUGCAAAACCUUCCAGGCCCCCGGGACAGUUUUGGAAAAAGAGCAUGUGAGAGACCUGCCUGCGGUCAUCUUGUACGAAGGCCAAGUUGGACAGAUGAUUCAGAGACAUGAGCACCACCACCACCACGAGCACCACCACCACUAUCACCACUUCUACCAGACAUGAAAAGGACCCAGCGUUGUCUGUUAGCAAAUUAUCCCCAUAUGAAGGAAGCCCGUUACUGCCACUCUCUGGAAGAAAAGCAUUCUCCUUAUUAACCUUGUUCCUUCUCCAUUAAUAUUCCACUAGCACCUAUCUUAGGAGUUAUAUGAAAACACUAAAAUUAAUUAUUAUUAUUAUUAUUAUAACCUAACACUAUUUAUAUUACGUGGAACUGUGUAGCUUACUUUAAUAACUUGUGGAUUUAAUUUUUUUUAAAGUUUGGCUUGUACAAAAUACCUUCACACAAGAGCCAACAGCCACAGCUAUCAUCAUAAGCUGUGUUUGAAUGCAGGUCAUCUACGUACUUCUAACAAGCGUCCUCUCCUCCACGGUAUUGGAAGAGAUGCUUCAACAAUGUGGAUCGACAACCAAGCUUGUCCCAUUUGUUGCCUCAUUGCACACAAGCCCGUCACCAGGGGAGCAAUGUUCAAUGGUUCUGGACUCCGGGAAUACAAACAGCUGCUACCUCUAGUAUAAUUCAGAACUUUUUGUUGAUUGUAUUGUGCUACGUGGGGAUUGGGGAGGGGGGAUGUUUUGAUUCGAUUGCAUUCAUGUAGCCUGUUUAUGUUGUACUUCUCACCUCCUUGCAAGUUAUAUCUUAAUAUUAAUGAUGAGGAAAUAAUUAACUAUAUUUGUCAACAGAGCUACAUUUUUCCAGCUCCCCCCCCUUUUUUAAAGACACCUUGAUGUUCUGCUUUAUAAAAUGGGUAAUAUUUAAACACAUAUUUUCUUUUUCUUAUUGGCCAUUGUAUGCUGGAAAGCCUUUGUUAUGGAGUGCACUCCAUCACCAUUUGGAUAGGAGCUCUGUGGAGGACUUGUGGUGUCCUGGCAUCAGAAGAGCAAAGUCACCCUCAGAGGCAGGGUUGGGUAGCCUGCAUCCACUUAUCUCUCUUCACAGUCAUCACUCCAAACCAUAGCUAGGAAGGAGUUUGUAUUCCUCUCUUCCUCACUGUUGCAAAAGCUGCUUCUGUAACCCUCAAUGAAUUGGCUUCCUGGGUGUCGCCCUGUGAUGACAUCACAAGCUGGCUUGUCGUUGGUUUCCAUCAAUUUCCUGAAAGGUGCUGCUCCCACCAACCUCACACAAUGCUCUGGGAAACAGGGCCAGAUGUCCUCCUCUGGAUUUGCUGAGGGCGCCAUCUUGACAUCAACCACCUAAAAGCAAGUGAUGUAAUGUUUCUUCUAGAAUUGUUACUCAGAUGGUCCAUUGCUAACAUUCACUGUUCAGCUUACGGUUUUCUUUUUAAUUUUUUUUUAUCUCUCUUUUAAAAUUCUCAAUUAACUUCCCAGGGUUGUAGAUUUCUUUUACUUUUCUCUCUCCAUUUUCUUUCUUUUUCUUUUUGAGAGAGACAGAGUUGUAGAAAGAAUAUUGCUUUCUCACCUUUUAAAUGUUGGCAAAUAUAUAAAGAUAUAUAAAGAUAUAAAGAUAUGAAUAUACACACUCUCAGGUAUAUUUUCUUGUGUUUUAUAGAAAUCUGUGGCGUUUUCUUAAUAUUAACAUUUUAAUCUUAAAGCAGUGACUCAUCAGACAUGCUACGAAAUACAUGUGUAUGUAUCUUCACCCACCCACCACGCCUCUGACCACUUCUUGACUUUUGGUUCUAAGCACCUACUGCAUCUGCCUACCCCUUUUCUUUUUAAAAGAUUACCAGCUCCCUGGCAUCUUCUGUUCUUCCCCUCCACAUUCCUAUCAAAGGACAUUCAUCCCAUGAAGCACAAUAAGGCAGGAUCUAAGAGGUCGGUCAAAUGCAAACCUGGAGCAAGCAUGGCCAAAGAGUUGGCAAUCUAGAUUUUUUCUGUUGGGACCAGCAGCUGGAUAACCCUGCACCAAAUCACAAGAGCAUAAGAAGAGCUUGCUGGAUCAGGCCAGUGGCCCAUCUAGUCCAGUAUCCUGACCGACUAGAUGCCUAUGGGAAGCCCACAAGCAACUACCUCCCUACCUGUGAUUCCCAGCAACUGCCAUUCAGAGGCAUACUGCUUCUAACAGUGGAGGUAGAACACAGACAUUGUGGCUAGAAGCCAUUGAUAGCUUUCUCCUCCGUGAAUUUGUGUAAUCCUCUUUUAAAGCCAUCCAAGUUGGUGGCCAUCACUGCUUCUCAUGGGAGCCAGUUUGAUAGUUUAACUAUUAUCAAUACUGAAUUUUCCAGCAUUCAGCUUCGCUGGAUAAAAGUCCAGCCGCCUGAGGAGCUCCAGCUGACCUCCACGUUCUUUGCUCAGAGGCAAGCAUGCUAUGUGGAGGAGGAGAGUGGCUUCAGCGGCAACUGGCCUUGCUGGCUGUCAACUGGCCUUGGCCCACUUCGCUACAUCCCUUCCUCAUAACCCACUUGCCAAACUAGCAUUCUUAAGCCUUCAUCACUCUUCCAGUACAGCAGGUUUCCCCAUCUUUGUGCCCUCCUGAUGUUAUUGGGCUGCAUCUCUGGAAGUGGCCAUGCUGGUUGAGGCUGCUGGGAGUUGGCGUCCAAGAGCAUAUGGGAAGUGCCAGGUUGGAGAGGGCUGUGGUACAGUCUUUCCUGGAAAUGGCAGGAAGUUGUUGAAUAGGAACAGGCUGGAUUUUCCCAUUUGGCCCCCAGCAGAGCCCUUGAUGUCACUUUCUACAGAGCACCCCUUGCCUCCCACACAAAUGAAAGAAAAGGCAAAGGGCACUUUCCCUACUCUUCCAUGUGAGCAGCAACAGAGGGUCUCCUUAGCUCCCAUGCAAGAACACACCACUGAUGCGUUGUAAGGACAUAAGGAGAGCCUGCUGGAUCAGACCAGUGCCCAUCUAGCCCAACUUCCUGUUCACACAGUGGCCACCCGGAUGCCUAUGGGAAGCCCACAUGCAGAACCUAAGUGCAACAGCAUCCUCCACACUUGCGAUUCCCAGCAAUGGAAAUAGAACAUAGCCAAUUGUGGCUGGUAGCCAUUGAUAGCCUUAUCCUCCACAAACUUGUCUAAUCCUUUUUUUUAAAGCCAUCGAAGUUGAUGGCCAUCCCUGCCUCUUGUAGGGAGUGAAUUCCAGAUUUUAACUAUGCACCAUGUGAAGAAGUACAUUCUUUUGUCUGUCCUGAAUCUUGCAACAUUCAGCUUCGUUAGCUGUCCACAAGUUCUAGUGUUAAUGAGACAGGGAGAAAAACAUUGCUCUCUCCCCUUUCUCCAUGCCAUGCAUCAUUUUGUACACUUCUACCAUGUCACCUCUCUCACACCUUUUCUCUAAACUAAAAUCCCCCAAAUGUUGUAACCUUUCCUCAUAGGGGAGCCGCUCCAUCUCCUUGAUCAUUCUAGUUGCCCUUUUCUAAAUCUUUCCCAACUCUACAAUAUCCUUUUGAAGGUGAGAUGACCAAAGCUAUACACAGUAUUCCAAAUGCAGUCACAACAUAGAUUUGCACAUUGGCAUUAUGAUAUCAGCAGAUAACAGGAGAACUCUGCCAUGGCUUCUGUUGCUGUUCAUAUUCCAAUUAAGGAAGCAAUUUAAGGAGCCCUUUGCCUGUGAAUUUGGCUCUAGGGCAGGAGUGGGGAGCCUUUGGCUCUCCAGAUGUUGCUUAACUACAGCUCCCAUCAGCCCUAGCAAGCAUGAACAAUGGCCAUGGGUGAUGGGAGAUGUGGUUCAGCAACAUCUGGAGGGCCAAGGUUCUCUACGCCUGCUUUGCUGGGAGUGGGCUAGGAGACAGAGGCAAUGUCUCUGGCCCUUCCGCACUUGGUCACCCCAUUAAAAAUUGUCAAGCAGAGCAGCAAAGGUGAAUGGUUAGGCCUCUUGGGUGGUGAUUUGCUUUUGCUUUUUUUUUUUUUACAGUAGGGUGAAGGAUACUGAAAGAGGUGGAAAUAGUUUGGUGUGUGCCUUUUGCAGAGACUACCAGGAGGAAGAUCAUAGAAUCGUAGAGUUGGAAGGGGCCUAGAAGGCGAUCGAGUCUAACUCCCUGCUCAGUGCAGGAAUCCAAGUUAAAGCAUACCCGACAGGUGGCUGUCCAGCUGCCUCUUGAAUGCCUCCAUUGUUGGAGAGCCCACCACCUCCCUAAAUCAUUGGUUGCAUUGUUGUAUCGCUCUAACAGUUAAGACACUUUUCCUGAUGUUCAGCUGAUAUUUGGCUUCCUGUAACUUGAGCCCAUCAUUCCUUGUCCUGUGCUCUGGGAUGUGGCAACCUUUCAAGUAUCAAAGAGCGCUAUCAUAUCUCGUCUCAGUCUUCUCCCCACAAGGCUAAACAUACCUAGUUCUUUCAGUCUCCUCAUAUGGCUUUGUUUCCAUUCCCCUGAUCAUCCUUGUUGCCCUCCUCUGAACCUGUUCCAGUUUGUCUACAUCCUUCUUAAAGUACAGUGUCUAGAACUGGAUGCAGAACUCAAGAUGAAGCCUAACCAGUGCUGAAUAGAGGGGACCUAGUACUUCAUGUGAUUUGGAAACUACUUCUGUUAAUGCAGCCUAAACUAGCAUUUGCCUUUUUUGCAUCUACAUCGCACUGUUGACUCAUAUUCAGCUUGUGGUCAUCAACAAUUCCAAGAUCCUUCUCGCAUGUAGUAUUGCUGAGCCAAGUAUUCUUCAUCUUAUAACUCUGCAUUUGGUUCCCUUUACCUAGGUGUAGAUCUUUGCACUUAUUCCUGUUGUUUCAUUCUGUUAUUUUCAGCCCAACGCUCUAGCCUAUCAAGAUCACUUUGAAUUUUGUUUCUGUCUUCCAGGGUGUUAGUUAUCCCUCCAAAUUUUGUAUCAUCUGCAAAUUUGAUAAGCAUUUCCUGUACCUCCUCAUCCAAGUCAUUAAUAAAAAUGUUGAAGAGCACUGGGCCCAGGACUGAGCCCUGUGGUACCCUGCUCAUUACCUCCCCCCAGUUGGAGAAGGAACCAUUGAUAAGCACUCUUUGAGUACGAUUCUGUAGCCAACUGUAGCCACCUGGUAGUUGCUCCAUCCAGCCCACAUUUAGCUAGCUUGCUAAUUAGAAUAUCAAGGGGCACUUUAUCAAAAUCUUUGCUGAAAUCAAGAUAUAUCCAUAGCAUUCCCACAAUCCAUAAGGGAGCUUAAUUGAGAUAAGAUUAGUCUGGCAGGAUUUGUUCUUGACAAAUCCAUGUGGCUUUUAGCGAUCACUGCAUUGUUUUCAAGGUGCUUACAGAUUAACCACUUUAUAAUCUGCUCCAGAAUUUCCCCAGGGAUUGAUAUCAGACUGAGUGGCCUGUAGUUUCCAAGUUCCUCCUUUUUCACCUUUUUUGAAGAUAGGGACAACAUUAGCCCUCCUCCGAUCAUCCAGCACCUCAUGCAUCGUCCAUGAUUUUGCAAAGGUAAUAGACAGUGGUUCCAAGAGUUCUUCAGCUAGUUCCUUCAAAUACUCUAGGAUGCAGUUCAUUGGGCCCUGGAGAUUUGAACUUGUUCGAAAUGAUUAGGUAUUCCUUGACCAUUUGUCUAUCAAUCUCAAGCUGCAAUCCUGCCCUUUCAAAGUGUAUGUCAUGUUUACCAGGAGGGUCAUUGACCCUCUUUUGGGAGAAGACUGAGCCAAAGUAGGAAUUGAGCACUUCUGUCUUUUCUUUGUCAUUUGAUAUCAUUUUGCCAUCUUCCACUUCUUCACUUCCAGCUGUACCACCACUUCUUUUUUCUAUCUUUUCCUAUUCAUAUACCUUCAGAAAGUAUGAGCUGGAUUACUCUGCUUGUGUUUAUGUUUGCCGCUCUGUGCUCUUUCUGGAAUGGCAGGAUAUAAAUUUAAUUAAGAAAUAAGAAAGAUUGUUGCUUUCAGCAUCCCUCGCUAACCUCAGCUCAUUCUCAUAAUUAGCCUUCUGGGCACUAUCCCUGCAAUUCCACGCUCCCUGUCUGUACUCUUCCUUUGUGGUUGGGCCUUCCUUCCACUUCCUGUAUAUGUCCUUUUUUGUUUUCGGGUCAUCUCAAAGUUUUCUGUGAAGCCACAUUAGCUUCUUCUGCUGUCUUCCUCCUUUUUUCCUUGUUGGUUGUUUGCAAUUGUGCCUUUAGAGUCUCCUUUUUUAGAAACCCUGCCCAUCUUGGUCUCCUUUUCUCAUUAGGGUCACUUGCCAUGGGACCUUACUGAUCAUUGCUCUGAGUUUAUUGAAAUUGGCUUUCCCAAAGUCCAGGGUAUGUGUGGCUACUCUCAGCUUUAAUGCUUUCUUCAAAAUCAAGAACUCAAGUUUAACAUGGCCACUUCCCCCCAGAGUUCCCCUAACUGCCACUUCAUCCACUAAGGCUGCAAUCCAAUACACACUUACCUAGGAGUAAAUUCCAUUGAAUUCAAUGGAGCUUACUUCUGUGUAGACAUGUAAGAGAACGUUAUAAGACCUUGGGGAAGGGGGUCCAGUGCUGUCCUCUAGUUAAAGUCCUGACCCUUUUACACUCAGCCAGAAAGAAAACAGGAUUCCUUUGUUGCUUUUGGAACUUAAAAAGAAAGUUGUGAUCACAUACACACACAGUGAUUUUUUAAAAAAAAUAUGUUUACUUUUGCUUUUAUCUUACUUUAGCAUUUGUGGCUUUUGUUGUUUACAGCAUUGUCCUUUCAUUUUUUUUUUAAUUUUUUUUUUUUGUAAAACUGGGGAGCUUCCCACCCCCGUAGUUUAAAUUUUGAUCAGCUCAAAGUGAGAUGUUGUCUUUGAAGAAGAAAGUAUGAUGUCCGCAAUGGUGUUAAAAUGUAGGAAGGAAAUGCACUGAAACCUCUGGACUGGUGGUGGCUUGAGAUCAGAAUUCACACUUGUUAAUUAAGACUGCAAUCCAGUACACACUUACCUGGGAGUAAGUCCCAUUGAACCCAAUGGAACUUACUUCUCAGUAGACAUGUACUGGAUUGCAGCCUAGUUCUUCAACUCUUGUCUAAAAAAGAAAAGAAAAAAUGAAAAUAGUAAUGCUUUCCUCUUUUUGCCCUUUUAAAAACAAAACCAUGUUUUAUGUUAGUGUUAUUUUUCUUCUGUCAACAUUCUGGAUUGUAUUCAACUAAGUCCUACUCAGGGUAAACCCACUGAAAUGAAGGAGUUAGUUGUGUCCAUUCAGAUCAUGUCCCAGAGUCAUGUCCCACUCUGAGUAGGACUAGUGUUGAAUACCACCUUCUGGUGAGAUAUUUUAAAGUGUGUUAAUCUGUGUGACAACUAGCCCAUUCGGUCUCUCCUUUAUUUCUAAAGUUCAAAAAUGAUUAUUUAUAUGCUGAAUUUUCUGUAUAAAAAUUCAGGGAGUGGGAGGGGGGGAAUUGGUUGGAAUGGUCUUUACUUAACCACUGAGUUGUUCUAGUCUAUUUUGCUGCUUGUGUUAUCAAUCCCUUUGUUUCCUACAAUGUAUAUAUAAUUAUGGACUAUGAAAAAAAAGUAGGCGUUUUACAUGCCUAGUAGAAGGAAUAAGCUUAUUUAUAUGAUAGUGUUAAAGUCUGAUGUAUUCAAGUGAUUUAUGUUAUACUGCAUGCAGCCCCAUGAGUGUAACACAUUCCACUGGGGAAAAAGUUUCCUGUGUUUAGGUUCCUAAGGAAGUGGCAUUGGUCUUCCCCACACCUCUUUUUCUUUCUAUCUUUCUUACUGUUUUCCGCAUACAGUUGGCCAACUUCAACAAAAAAGCAGGAAAAAAACGUUCUCUCUCCGACUCAAAGGGAGGAGUUGGGAAAUGCUGAAAAUAGUAUUGGGAUGCAUUAGCAAUAGGUUUCAGUGUCAUUAAGCAACACUGGCCCCAACAACCUGCCACCAGAAUGAUCCAUUUUAUUCAAUGCAGUCGUGGAAGUGUUGGCUACUAGAUUUUGUUGGGUUAGUCCAAAUGUUGGCAGUGUGUCUUUGGAUGGUGUGAAUCUAACCUUCUUUAAGAUGUUUUUCGGAGAAGCACCUUUUUAAAGAGAGUUGUUUUUAGGGGGUUGAGUGUGUGUGUGUGUUGUGGUGGUGGGGGAAAGGAUCGUCCUGUAUGCCAGGAAAAAUAAAAAUAGACCCGGGAUGUCCUAGGAGAAUUCCCCUGAAGGCUGGUUUUGUGUAGGUGCAAAAUGGCAGUGACAUGAUGAGGAUGGUUAAGUUUGCUCUUGACCAAAAGUAGCCAACACAACCCUCUAGGUUAGUUCUUGCUAUGGUGGUGAUCUUGCUUCUGAAGUGUACUGUUUCCAGUGGCGGCUGGUGCACAAUGGAACUGCAGAAGACAGGGAGACAAGCAGGAGGUGGAGCCAGAGCCAAUGGGAGGCGGAGCCAAAUCCUUCUAGUUGGGUCCCUCUCCUCCCAGCUGAGUUCUGCAAGGGCAACACUGAGACUAAGGAGGAGGAAGCUGACAGCCAGGGCCACCUCAUGGCCUGGUUCCAAGUAAGAAAGCAGGCAGGUAGGAGCUGGCUGAAGGCAGACUGAGGGUGGUAGGGCAGUGCCCCAUUUGCCCUAAUGGACCAGCCACCAAUGACUGCUUCAGAUUGCUGAUUGGGGCUUGGAUGACAGAAAGCGCCUCCAUACAAAUAAAAAAUUAACAUUAACAGGUAGCACGCUGGGGAGAAGGUCGUACAGGAAGCAUUUGGAAUGUAAGAAGAGCCCUGCUGGAUCAGAACAAAGGUCAUUCUAGUCCAGCAUCCCAUUUCCCAUUGGAGCCACCUGUUUUUGGGAAGUUCACAAGCGGAGCAUGAAGGCAAUAGCCAGGACAGCCAGUGAUGCCUCAUCAAAAUAGGGGAACUGUAUUUAAAAAAAAAAAAAAAAGAGGGUGCAGUUUUGCAUAAAUUUGCAUGUGCUAAUUUAUAUGUCCAGGUGCCAAUGGUGAAAUAUUUAAUAUAAUUCAAACAGAGAUACAAUACAUCUUGUGCAGCAGAAAGACCAAUCAGGUGAUCUGUGUGCUUGUUUAGGGAUGGGAGAGAAAGCUGUUUCCGUUUGCAUUUAAAGGUGAACUCCCUUAACCUGCCUUGUCCAAAACAAUAGCAAACUGAAACACAGCCAUCCUUUGACAGUUGCACUUCUCCAAAUUUUGCAAUGCAGUUCUCCAGCCAAGUCAUGUGUACAAAAAUGCAUAUACUGUGGUAAUGCGUUUAGCUGGUUAUUUUGGUUGCCCUUUGCCAGAGCCAUGUGUCUCACUGACGGCUAAUUUAUUUAUGUGUGUGGAGGAACUUCUUUGCAUGGAGUGAUGUUUGGUCAUGUGAGCCCCCACCUGAGGACUGAAGUGGUACAUCCCAGGCCAGUGGUGCAGUUGUGUAAUUUUAGACUCUGGAAUGAAUGCUCUUACCAGGGAGUGAGGGUGGGGACAAAAGUCUGUAUGGCUUCACUUCAGUGGCGGCUGGUGGCUCCAUGUCAGUGGAGCAGUGGAAUCCGCUCUGGGUUUUAGUCCGCACUUUCAUUGCUGAAGCACCUUGGACAACUCCUUGAAAAUUCAGACUUAAAACCAGGAGCAGAUUCCACUGCCCUGCGAACUUGGAGCCAUCAGCUGCCACUGUUUCACUUACUUCAAACUGUGAUACACCAGCUCUGCUGCAUUUGAGGUCCUCCUGCUCAUUCUGCUGAAUGGAACCUGCACUUCUGCCCUGAAGUCCUACCCUGAAGGCAUCAGUAGAUCAGGCACAUGUUUUCCCACCCAACUGAGAAUUAGACUACCUUAUCUCGGAUCAAUUGAUUUCCUGGGUCAGGGCAUUGAACCUGCAAGCUUCCAAUUGCACUGAAACGUAAAAAUGGUGGUUGUUUUCUUAACUGUCAGAAAAGAUGGCAGCAAAAAUGCUCCCAGGAACAGAGGAAAGGGGUAGAGGGUUCAUCUUUAUGCUAAUCAAUGGGAGUUUUGGCCUCUGUAGAGCUAAGCAUUCACAAAAUCUAAGGUGAAUAGUGAAGGAAAUUAAAUGGGGGGUUACAUAGAGGUGGGGGGGUUGGUUGGUUGAGCAUUACAUUUUGUCCACUUUCCGAAAUGCAAACUAUAUCUUGCUGAGAUUUUGUGAAAUGCAAAUGAACUUUAGUAACAUGGCAUCAGUGUGCUUUUUUAAAAAAAGCUAUCAGUUAUGUAGGAACAUAUGGUAUUUAAAUACUGUCUUGCAUUUGUAUUAUGUGCAUUAAGUGUGAAUUACUGAACAUAUCAUGUAGCACAGUUAAUGUUUUUUAUUCACAGAACUCUUAAGUCUCCAUAACCUUUUGUAAAAAAGAAAAAGAAAAAAGUUUGCUUUUCAGUAUUUUGUAUAGUUAAUAUAGAUGUUUUUGACUAAAUGCUUUAUUUAUUUAAUAGCAAAACUGUGCCAAGAGA